ACUCCGCCAGUAAUUUAUCAAAGAUGGCAGAACUAUCAAGUGACAGAUACAAAUGUCACAGUGUGUUAUAUUUUUAUACGUGAAUCCGGUGGUAUAUUACGUAGACAGCAGCUGAAGAUGAUAAAAAAUUGACGUAAAUAAUAAAACAAUUGCAAUAAAUAUAUUUAAAUAAUGACACCAACACGCGUAAUAUUGAUGUCAUGUGGGAGUUACAAUCCACCAACGAACAUGCACUUGCGAAUGUUUGAAAUAGCACGAGAUCAUUUGCAUCGGAUGGGAACUCAUAUAGUUGUGGGUGGUGUCAUGUCCCCAGUUCAUGACAGUUAUGGUAAAAAAGAUCUAGUUGUUGCUGAACAUCGAUGUGAAAUGCUCAGAUUAGCGUUGAAAAGUAGCGACUGGAUACGUGUCAGUACCUGGGAAACACGUGAAAAUUGUUGGACCAGAACCAGGGCCAGUCUUAAACAUCAUCAGAAUUUAUUGAACUCCGUGUUACAAGACUCCGAUGGCAGCAUAAAGAAUCAUAUUGACAGUCAGGAUCUUGAAUGGAUACCAGAAAAUAUUCGCAAUGGACAAGACAGGUCUCCAAUUAAAAUAAAAUUACUCUGCGGUGCUGAUUUACUUGAGAGUUUCGGGAAACCCGGUCUUUGGGCUGAUGAAGAUAUUGAUGCUAUCGUUGGUCAGCACGGGUUAGUUGUAAUCACCAGAGAAGGAUCUAAUCCAAAUAAAUUUAUAUAUGACUCAGAUCUUCUUUCUAAAUACAUGCACAAUAUUCACAUUGUAACCGAGUGGAUAAACAACGAAGUGAGUUCGACAAAACUAAGACGUGCUUUGAAACGCGGAGAAAGUAUUAAAUACUUAACUCAAGAUCCUGUUAUCGAUUACAUCUACAAUUGGGGUCUAUACGACGUAGUUACAACAACAAUUAAGUUGACAUUGUCUACGACUGACAGCAACAAUUAUUUGCACAUUGAUGAUAAAUACGGAGGUGCUUUUUUGACACCUUCACCAAGCGAUGUUACAAUGGCGAGUCCAAGUCCAGUGGAAAUAAUCUCGAUAGAUCUUACAGAAUCUGUGAUAAAAAAAAAUAUUAUUAAUUCACCUGCUAAACAAUUAACUUCCGUUAAUUCAAAUGACACUGAAUGUAUGCGAGAAAAAUUUAUAAAUAUUAUUACUGAGAAUGGUAAUAAUAAAGUAAAUAAUAGCAAUGGUGGUACUGCUACUGGUGCUGGUGCUGUUAAAUUUUCGUAUCCGGGUUUAGCGAAGCAGAUUAUUACCACUGAGACUGGAGAAUCGCAACUAUUUCGGGAGGGAGCAACAAGACCUGCAUGCCUACUGUAAGACAGAUAGUUAACCGUCUUGUUGCUGCUGAUCUCGUUGGAUGUGGCUGCUGUCUUCUUGCUGAUAAAAAUAAUAAAUCUUACGCUAUUGAUAAUUGUAGUGGCAUAUCUUGCAUUAAUUAUAAACCUGUCAAUACUAAUAACACUGACAGAAACAACAACAACAAUAACAACAACAACUACAAUAGUAACCGAGAGAUGUGUCUAAAUAAUAUGGACAAUACUUCAAUUUUAGUAAAGAACUGCAGUCGCAAUACGUAGCGGUUAGUGUUAAUUUAUUUAAUUAAUUAACUAACUAACAGGUUAAUUAAUUAAUUGAUUAAGGGCAUUCUCAGACAGUGCCCGCCAUUUUUUAAAAAUUUUCAAUGGAUCAACUGUCAAAAUUUUAUCAAUUAAUUAAAAAAAAAUUAAAGCAUUAAUUGAAAAACGGACGAUUUUGCUGAGAUAGAGAGUAAAAAAAAAUUACGGACUGUUGAUAUCAAUUCGGAGUUAAACGAAAUUCGAAAAAUAAAUUUCGGUAAAAUCUUCAUAUUAAUUUUGUAGGGUAAAAUUUAUUCAAAAAAUUUCGUUUGACUCUUAAUUGAUGACAAUUGUACGUAAUUUUUUUUUAAUUAAUUAAUAAAAUUUUAAUACGGUUAUGACAGUUGAGUAAUUGCAAAUUUUUACAAAGUGGGGGACAGUGCCCUUAAAAUUUUUAGUGACAAAAUUUAAUUAUUUUAUCAAAAUAAAUUUUAGUAUAAUUUUUUUUUUUUUAAAUAAAAAAUAUGUUACGCUGCAUCCACUCGAUUAAGACUGAAUGCACAUUUAUAGAUUUAUUAAUCUUAUAAAUUACAAUUAUUGCUUGUUAUUUAUUUAUUUAAUAAUUAGUAUUUAUUUUUAGAUUUAUCAAAAUUAUACUGUUAUCUAAUUUAAUUUAUUUAUUACAUCACCGGCAAGUAUUGCGGAAGCAAUUUAUUUUUUUAUAAAACAAUGUAUUAUAGAAAAAUUAUCAUAUAUAUAUUAUAUAUAUAUUUUAUUUUGUAAAUUAAUAUUUUAAGUAAAUAAUAAAAAUUUAAUUGUACAUAGAGUUAAUUACGGUGCACUAAAAUAUAAAGAAGAAAUAGUUUAUGAGCAAGAGGAUUUUAUUUUCUUUGCGACUGAAGUCUUUUACAAUUUCACCGAUACAAUAAUGAAAAAAAAAUUUAAUAAAAUUACUGGAGAAUAGUCAGUUGUUAAAAUAAAAAAUGAAUUAUCGUGUAUUACUAUUUUAUUUUUAUCGUGAUGCGCAGCCAAAGUAGCAUUUAACUGAUAUGUCAUUACACGUGAUUAGAAUAAUUACUAUUUAAAUAAACUAAAUAUGUAUAUGAUGAAUUGUAUAAAUAGAUAAUAAUAAUAAUAAUUAAUUAAUUGAGUAUAA